GCCGUCAACAUUCCAGGGGGCGGCAGACUUCUUCGUCCAGGGCUCUUCAUGGCGAUCCCAAAAACUAUAUCUACCACGACACCGUCACUCCUUCUCCAUCAUCAUCAUCAUCAUCAUCAUCAUCCUCAUUAUCAUCAGCUUCAGCUUCAUCAUCACAGAGUCUAAUCUCUCAAGCCUCUCGUCUCAUUGAUCAGCUUCAUUCCUAGCUCGUUCCAAGCAACAUCAUCUCACCCAAUUCCCCAAUCAAUCAAUCACAAUGGCCAUCCUCGCAAAGACAUCUUCCCUGGCUUGCUUCCUCAUCGCCUGCCUCUUCUUCUCCUCCGUCAUCCAGGCACUUCCUGUCCCCGGCUCCAACACUCCAUCCGGAGUCUCCCCCAUGGCCUUGGCCGCCCGUUCACCGGUACGCUCUCCCGUCCCAAAUCCCACAACCCCCUCACUAACAUAUCCAUCCCAAUAGCGCGAGAUCCCCAACAGCGACGAAGAAAAGGGCCUACUGAACGGCCUUCUCGAAGCCAUCGGUCUCCCCAGCCUCUCCAAGCUCAGUCACUGGAAAGCCACCACGGAGCCUCAAUCCUCCCAC